AUGGACAAGCUACCGGUAGAGCUUAUUACGAAAAUCAUCCAUUAUCUGGGCCCUGAAGACCUAGCACAUUUGCAGCUGGUAUCAAGGAGCCUAUGUGCUAUUGCGCGUGACAACAAUAUAUGGCGAGAACAGUGCUAUCUAGUGCAACGAGACAAAUAUGACUACCGGCUGAAUCUACGUGGGCUGUUUGGCCUGCCAAACCUACAAGACCGCUUUCGCUGGGCGAACUCGAGCGGUGCGAACGGAUCAAGUCCGCCCACUUCCUCGAACCACGCUGAGAGUCAUUCCAUGGAGUCUGCUAUUCUCUGGGACCCAUCGGAACAAGGAGAAGGCAUAGAUUGGUAUACCGAAUACAUUGCUCGCCAUGGCCCUACGUCCAUCACUUGGUUGCGGAACCCGGGCGUUGAAGCAGCUAAUCGUGAUUUGGCGCUUGACGUGAAAGGGAUGGGCAUCCUGGAAGAUAGAAGCUACGGGGCAGAAGACCAAAUCAUUGCUCCUCUCGAGGACGGUUCUGUAGCCGUUUGGGAUUUUAACCACGCUGAUGAUGCUAAUGGGAAAGAGCGGAGGGGGAAAGCUAUCAGAUCAAGUCGUCCUACACUCUUGCUUACCGAUCGCUCCAGGCCGAUUGACACCCUUAUGCAGUUUGGGGGUGCAGUUGAAUGUGUCAGCAUUGAUUCUAUUUCAAAAAGAGCAUAUAUUGCCGUUGAAAACGUGCUGAAUGAAGUUGAUUUACACACCCUCCAGCUGAUAUCACAGAAGCGACAUCCUCAGUGUGUAUUUGCACUAUCACAAGAAACGUCAGAAUAUCGUGCGCCUCUCACCGUUGCUACUAGGGAUAGCCUGCAUCUACAUGAUCCGAGAUCCUCACCGGCUUAUCAUCAGCCGGACAAGUCUUUAUCCCUGGAUUCUAAAUCCUCAUUCGCACUGGCUACCAAGUCCCUCCCUUUCAGCCCCAUGCCAGCUGGAACCGUCGACUACGCUGAUUUAUUCGGCACCGGCCCUAAUUUCGUGCUUCACCCUCCGCUUCCGAGCAUAAACUCGAUAGUUGUAGCUGGGCGGUUUUCGAGUGUCCUCCUUUACGACCGCCGGAAUAUAGGACGUCUACAAGCCAGUGCACACUCUGGGGCACGUUUGUGUGGUUUAGCGGCCUUGCCAUCCAUUCCCAAACGAUAUAGGACGCCCGAUGAUCUCAGUGGUCCCAAUCAGUCUAUUAUUGCAUGUGGCGAGCAUAAGGGCUUUGGUUCCUUGGAGCUAUAUGCUCUUUCUGCUCGAGAUGCAGCUGGAGACUGGGGCGGUGCGCCUUCUCCCAUGCUUGAAAACAGGGCCCUUUAUCGAAACCGGCAUAUUUCAGUGCGUUCAAAGAUUCUCUCCGUUGCUACUCACGGUGCCCGGAUAGUCUGUUCCGAUUCAAGUGGCAAUAUCAAAUGGACGGAACGAGACGGGAAGACGAUCAUACGAGAGUUCGAUAUAAACGCCAGCUCGCCGACCGGUCCACGAUAUAAUAUGCACGAAACCAUGGGCGGCCAGGUUCAACAUAUGGCUCGCAAGAUCGUACCGACCAGGAGGAAUCUUGACCACGACGAACUGCUAAUCUGGACUGGAGCUCGCCUCGGACGAGUCCGCUUUUCCCGCCAUGUCGAAGAAGAUCCAGCGAUCCCUGAUGAGGCGUCGACUCGCGACGAAGAGUAUAGGGCGGCCCUGGGACUGAGCCUGAGGGAGAGCAUGCAUAUGAGCUGGCCCUGGGCAUCGGACCUUACGUGA